AUGUCAACACCGGACGAGUCUCCGGCCCAGCGAGCCGCACGCCUGCGCCGAGAGCGCCGAGAGGCCAAAAUCAAGGAGGGAGGCUCCGCGCGCUUGGACAAGAUCACUAGCCUCAGCGGUCGCACACCGCAAGUUGACCGUGAAGAAGCCUCGCCAUCCCCUCAGCCUGCAGUCUCUCCGUCUCCUUCCCCUCUACCGCAGUCUCGACCCUCGCCGGGCCCUCAGCCGGAUAUGCAGUCGUCACAACAACAACUUCAGGCGCAGCAGGAAGCCUUCCGCGCCAUGCUCCGCCAGGCAGUCCCCGAGCAAGGCCAGGGUCAACAGUCCAACAUGCAGUCGGCAGAAAACAUGCAGGCGCAACAGGAAGCCUUCCGCGCCAUGUUCCAACAGGCAGCUCCCGCGCAAGGACAGGGCCAACAGCCAGACAACAUGGCGGAGGACCCAACUAUGAAACUUCUUCAAUCCCUGAUGGGAUCCAUGGGAGGCGACCCGAAUGCGCCUGCGCCAGGUGGCCCCGGCGGGGCACCCGGACAGCCCCCGUCUGGAUUCUCACCAGCAGAUAUCGCGGGCGCUCUUGGGGUUCCGCCGUUCCUCGCAAACAUGCUGGGUGGUGGUCAACAACUGACUGAGGCGGAGCAGAAGACCGUUCGGAUAUGGAAGACGCUGCAUGUCCUCUUCGCACUCGGCAUGGCUUUCUACUCGCUGUUCGUCAUCAGCGCGUCUGUUGCAAUGUUCGGAAGUGCCCCGCCCAAGCCUGCCACGGCACAGAACCCAUUCUUGAUCUUCGUUACUGGUGAAAUGCUCCUGACCGGUGGCCGGAUGUUACUGGGUGGGAAACAGGGUGGUUUAGGGAUGGUCGUCUCGCUCUUCAGGGAUUUUGUGCGCGAUGGUAGCCUCGUCGUGUUUGCGCUGGGUAUGGGGGCGUGGUACCAUCGCGGAUGGCAGACCGUCGAAUACUGA